AUGCUGCUCCUACUGACGGUCGCCUUGUGUGCCGCCGCCGGCGUCGCCUCAGCCCCCGAAGGCCUCCUCGUUGGCUCGACCGCCGCCGUGACGACGGUGAAGUUGGUCCACCUCCUCUGCUUCGCCACCUCCUGGGGCGCCACUGUCUGGGCCAUCUUCAUUGGCGGCGUCAUCAUGUUUUUGAACCUGCCAAGGCACAUGAUGGGCAGCCUGCGGGGGAAGGUGUUCCCAGCGUGCUUAGCGCUGACGGCGGCAUGCACGGCCGUCUCCUCGGCGACGUUCGCGUGGCUCCACCGCCCGUGGCAGGCAAUGCCUGCCGUCGAGCGCCGGCAGCUCGGAGUUCUCGUUGCCGCUGCGGGGCUCGACCUCGCCAACCUGCUCCUCUUCGCUCCCAAGGUCCUCAAGGUGAUUCGGGAGAGACACAAGCUGGAGAGGGGCCUCGGUGUCGGCGACCUAGGCUCCUUUGACGGCAUGCGGAGCAACGCGCGGGCGGCGGGUUGCUGCGCCGCCCUUGCCGCGGCCAACGGCAGGUUCCGGAUAGCCCACGCCCUCUCAGCGCUGGCCACCCUCACGUCGGCCGCUGGGCUCGCCGCGCAUUCAUGCUACCUCGCUGGCAAACUUGCACCGUGA